AGCAGACACCUGUGCUGGCGGCGGUCCGGUAGCGGCGGUAGGAGUUAGACCACGGCAGGGACGGCAGUUAGGAGCACCUCCAGGUACAUCUGUGCGUGCAGAUCCAACUUGUUGUGACGAACCGUGGGGAGGUGUUUGGAAACUUGUCGGCACCAUGAGCAGUCUGUAUGCAGGCAGGAAGCGGCGGAGACCCGUGAAAAGCAAACCUGCCGUGCCCAAAGACCCGGCUAAGACCAACCCUAGUAAGCGGCACCGGGACCGACUGAACGCGGAGCUCGACCGCCUGGCCUCCAUGCUGCCUUUCACUGACGAUGUCCUCUCAAAACUCGACAAACUUUCCAUCCUCCGCCUCAGUGUGAGCUACCUACGCAACAAAAACUACUUCCAGGCCCUGAAGAUUUGAUAUGGCAAGAUAGAAAACCCUCUCAACAGACAGCAGACAUCAACAAUGGCCUAACAUCACAUGCAUCAAGUUGUUCAGUGAUAACUGUAAACACCUGUGUGUUGUGGUGAAAUGUUGACUUCAAUUGUCCUGUUCAACAUGUUCAAAAGAACAAUGAUAAUGGAAGGAAAGUUGCACCAUCACAGAAUUGAAAAUGCCAGUUGAUAUAUUCUGUUCUGGAAAAUUGUAGAUGAAAGAAAUAUUAUUGAUAUAAUCACAAGGAUCAUAUUUUCAAUGUGGUGACAAAAUAUCAGCGAUUGUAUUGACAAGGCUUUCGUCAUGUAGUUCCUGCUAUAUCCCCAAAUUAUCUCGCUUCAUACUCUUUGAUGUUGUAUAUAUUUAAACAGACAAUUUUGACUUGUCUAGUUUGAUGUACUGAGUACUUAGUUAAGUCAAAACAAAGGAGUAUUGAAAACAUAGUUUAUUUGAAGGUUUUUCAAGUCAUGGGCUCCUCAAGUUGAAUUUUCUGAAUAUUCUUUUAGUAGAAGGUGUAAGGCCAUGUUGAUUUUAUCAUAUGGAUGACAUCCGCAUACACAUGCAGGGCU